AUGGCGUUUCCUCUGUCUUAUACACCUAUUUCCGUUAAACCAGUGACGUACUCUCGGAGAACAAAGCUCGUAGUUUUCUCUUCGUCGAAUUCUAAUGGAAGAGAUCCAUCUGAGGAGAAAUCAGCGCCUAAUGGAGUGAAAAGCUUUGAAAAGAUUCAGGAAGAGAAGCGUCGUGCUGAGUUAUCUGCUCGUAUUGCUUCUGGAGAGUUCACUGUACGAAAAACUAGUUUUCCAUCUACAGUGAAGAGUGGUUUAUCUAAGCUUGGGAUUCCCAGCAAUGUUCUUGAUUUCAUGUUUGAUUGGACUGGAACUGACGAAGACUACCCCAAGAUUCCAGAGGCUAAAGGGUCGAUUCAGGCGGUUCGGAACGAAGCUUUCUUCAUCCCUUUGUAUGAGCUUUUCCUUACUUAUGGUGGAAUUUUCAGGUUGACCUUUGGGCCAAAGGACAACGCAAAAGCUUACUCCAAGGGGAUUUUAGCUGAAAUUCUAGAUUUUGUAAUGGGAAAAGGACUCAUACCAGCUGAUGGGGAGAUAUGGCGUAGAAGAAGGCGUGCUAUUGUCCCCGCGUUGCAUCAGAAGUAUGUAGCAGCUAUGAUCAGCUUAUUUGGAGAAGCUUCAGAUAGGCUUUGCCAGAAGCUCAGUUCCGCUGCAUCUUCAGGGGAAGAAGUAGAGAUGGAAUCACUCUUCUCUCGUUUGACACUCGAUAUUAUCGGCAAGGCGGUUUUCAACUAUGACUUUGACUCCCUAACAAAUGAUACCGGUGUGAUCGAGGCAGUUUACGCUGUUCUAAGAGAAGCUGAAGAUAGAAGUGUUUCACCUAUUCCUGUUUGGGACAUACCGAUUUGGAAAGAUAUUUCCCCUCGGCAGAGGAAAGUUGCAACUUCCUUGAAAUUGAUCAAUGACACACUCGAUGAUUUGAUCGCAACAUGCAAGAGAAUGGUAGAAGAAGAAGAGUUGCAGUUUCACGAGGAAUAUAUGAACGAAAGAGAUCCAAGCAUCCUUCAUUUCCUUUUGGCUUCAGGAGAUGAUGUCUCCAGUAAACAACUCCGUGAUGACUUGAUGACCAUGCUUAUAGCCGGGCAUGAAACAUCAGCUGCAGUAUUAACAUGGACCUUUUACCUGUUAACAAAGGAACCCAGCGUAGUUGCCAAACUCCAAGAAGAGGUUGAUUCUGUUAUUGGAGAUAGGUUUCCAACCAUAGAAGAUAUGAAGAAGCUAAAAUACACUACUCGAGUCAUGAAUGAGUCAUUGAGAUUGUAUCCACAACCACCGGUACUGAUCCGCCGUUCUCUAGAGAAUGAUAUGCUUGGACGGUAUCCGAUUAAAAGAGGAGAGGAUAUCUUCAUCUCAGUUUGGAAUCUGCAUCGGAGUCCUCUUCAUUGGGAAGACGCGGAAAAGUUCAAUCCCGAGAGAUGGCCUCUUGAUGGACCAAACCCAAAUGAAACAAACCAAAACUUCAGUUACUUGCCGUUUGGUGGAGGACCGCGGAAAUGCAUAGGAGACAUGUUUGCUUCGUUUGAGAAUGUGGUAGCGAUUGCAAUGCUUAUUCGAAGAUUUAACUUCCAGAUUGCACCAGGAGCCCCUCCGGUGAAAAUGACAACAGGAGCUACAAUACACACCACAGAAGGAUUGAAAUUGACUGUAACACACAGAACAAAACCUCUAAACAUACCAUCUGUUCCAAUACUUCCGAUGAAAGCUACUCGAGACGAAGUUUCCUCUGCUUCCUCUUCUAUGUCUUAA